AUGCCAACGACCGCCGCGAGGGAGGGCCUUGCGCCAUGGGCUUAUUCUGCUCUAACGCACAUGUUUCUCUCGAAGAAUGACAUGUAUGGCCUCGGGAAAAGUUUUGCGCUUACGACGCUCAGUGAGGUGGGAGACAAGACGUUUUUGGUGAGUGCUAUCCUCGCCAUGCGCCAUUCGCCCGUGGCAGUGUUUUGGGGCUGCUGGGUCGCCAUGAUCAUUAUGUCAACGCUCUCCAGCUUUAUGGGCGCGAUCCUGCCCUUUUUACUGACGCGCCGGACCGCACAUUGGAUCUCGGCGCUCUUGUUUGUGGGGUUUGGAUGCAUGGCCCUGUAUCAAGGGUUUACCAUGGAAGGCGACGAAAUCAACCGAGAGUGGAAGGAGACGCAGGAGGAGAUUCAGGAAGAUGAGGAAGAACAUGAAAUGCAAGACUGGCGCUCUCCUUCUAGCGCCCCGGACUCAGGGCCAUACCCCCCGCCCCCCGUGACAGAGUCCCGGAGCCCGACGGAGGAAGCAGGCGUUUACCUGUAUGUUCGAGAUGGCUUGCGCAACUUGUGUGGCCUAUUGUUCACGCCAGCAUUUUCACAGGCGCUGACCCUGUCAUUUUUGGGCGAGUGGGGCGAUCGGAGCCAGAUCACGACCAUGAUCCUUGCGUCGACGCAUCGCAUGAGUAUCGUGGCCAUCGGCACGAGUCUCGCUCACAUGGUGUGCAUCCUUAUGGCCGUGACGGCAGGUGCCUUUUUUGCAUCACGCAUAGAGGUUCGGCACCUGACUAUCGCGGGUGCUAUCAUUUUUCUGCUAUUUGGAGUACACGCCGCGUACGACGCCAUGUACCACCCAGACCCGAUACCAUCCAUGCCUAGAGAGGGGCAUUUACAAAUGUAG